AUGCUUUCCUGUGUAGCGCGGUUCGCCCGCACAACUGUCAAGUCGAGCAAGGGCAGCACAUGCGUCGCUCAAAGUCGGUUCAAGUCGCACCUGGCUCCACCCUGGCUCCUCGAUGAUUACAUUCCUCGAUACCAACUUCUCACAAGUGUUCAAGAGUCCAAGAAACGCGCGUCUGCGUAUGCUCAUCUUCGCGAGUGUAACCUGUGUCCCAGACUUUGCGGUGUCAACAGGUAUGAGAAGCGAGGGACUUGCCUGAUAGGUAUGUCUGAUGUGUCUGUGAACACCAUCGCACCGCAUUUCGGUGAGGAGCCUUGUGUCCAAGGUCAUCACGGCAGCGGAUCUGUCUUCUUCUCGGGCUGCAAUCUUCGAUGUGUGUUUUGUCAAAACCAUGACAUUGCUCAUCAACAGAACGGUUUCGACUUGACACCCGAACAACUCGGCGAUUGGUAUGUCAAGCUGCAAGACGUAGGCAAUGUGCACAAUAUUAACCUCGUCACGCCUGAGCACGUUGUUCCACAAGUGGCUCUCUCCAUACUUCAUGCCAAAGACCGAGGCUUGAAGGUUCCAGUCAUCUAUAACACAUCUUCUUUCGACUCGCUAGAGUCCAUAAGGCUCAUGGAUGGUCUGGUGGACAUCUACCUGGCCGACUUCAAAGUUUGGAAUCCUGCUACGUCGAAACGAUUGUUGAAAGCCGACAACUAUGCCGAUGUUGCGAAGGAGUCCAUACAAGCAAUGCACGCGCAAGUCGGCGACCUUUGCUUUACCUCGGACGGAAUCGCAAAGAAGGGCGUUCUAGUUAGACACUUGGUCAUGCCGGGUCUCGAAGAGGAAGGCAAGCACAUUGUACGUUGGUUGGCCGAGAACGUCUCCAAAGAUUUAUACAUCCACGUUAUGGAGCAAUACCAUCCACGGGCGCACGUUGGCAAAGACCGAAGACAAACACGGUCCGCUAACGCCAUCGUGGAAAACCAGAUCAAAAGAUAUCAGGACAUUAACAGAGCUGUCAAGCCGGAAGAGGUCGAUGGCGUCAAGAGUGUCGCAGUAAAAUGUGGCCUCCGCGUGCUAGAGGCUGAUGAGGCUGCAGAAUCGUCCGCGUGGCGAUUGUGA